AAUCCCAUGAAUUUUCUCUCUCUACCAUUUUCCCUUCUUUUUCGCUUUUUUACUUUCUCUCUCCUCCAAAUCCAAAAUCCCCAAAUUUUUUCUAUAUCAUUUUUCAAUGCCCGCGCUCUAAAGUGAAAUUCUCUCACAGAUCUCUCUCCUUUUUACGAGAAAACCCUAGCUUUAUCUCUCUUUCUUUCACCUUUAAGCGUCCUUUUUGUUGCCUAUUCAUUCAUACUCCCGUUUCAAUCAGUUGGGGUUUUUUUACCGAUCUGUUUAGAAAAUGGCGAAAGGGACCACAGGACGACGUAGGAAUGGUUCUCGACGAUGCAGGGCCACCCCAUACCCUUUGCCAUCUGCUGACCAUUCUGAACUUGUUCACCAAAAGAAAUGCUCUAAAAUCUUUGAGAAGAAAGACUGGGAAGAUGCAACAUGUUCUGUAUGCAUGGAAUAUCCCCAUAAUGCUGUGCUUCUCCUGUGUUCCUCUCAUGACAAAGGUUGCCGCCCCUAUAUGUGUGGAACUAGCUUGCGCUAUUCAAACUGCCUCGAUCAGUACAAGAAAGCCUACACUAAAGCAAUACUGCCAGAUAAUAAUCAACCUGUGCAGGGUGCUACUGAUCCUCCAGCUGCUGAACCAUUUUCUACUUGGCCUUCUGAGAAAAGCGAGGUCUCAGAAGUUGCUUGCCCACUAUGUAGAGGCCAGGUGAAGGGAUGGACUGUGGUUGAACCUGCAAGAGAGUAUCUAAAUUUGAAGAAGCGUAGCUGCAUGCAGGAUGAUUGCUCGUUUGUUGGAAGCUACAAGGAGAUACGAAAACAUGUUAAGGCAGAGCACCCCUGUGCUAGACCACGUGAGGUAGAUCCUCUUCUUGAACAAAAAUGGACAAGGCUUGAGAGGGAACGAGAGAGGGAUGAUGUUAUCAGCACUAUAACUUCUUCUAUGCCAGGGGCUGUGGUUUUUGGUGAUUAUGUGAUAGAAGGAAGUCAUUAUGGUUUUGAUUCAGAUGAUGAAGAGGGUUUUGAUGCGAAUGAGAUGAUGAAUGGGAAUGAAGGUUUUGGAAUGGGCAUCGAUCGCAACUUGAUGAAUGUGUUUCUGUUUUUGCAGGCUUUUGGUUCAGCAGGGAAUAUUGGGUCAAAUCGGGUUAUGAGGCGGCACGAGAGAGAGAUAAGUGACACUUUGGAUAGAGGUGCUGGUGGAGUUGACCGAAACCUCCCAAUUGGUGGUUUUGAGUACUCUGAUGAUGACAGUGAGAAUAGUGGGGGUGAUAAUGAUGAUAGUGGUAUGUCACUAGUUGGGCGGCUUCGUCGUGAAGGUAGAGUCCUCUUGGGUCGGUCUGGGAGGAGACGAAGACGUAGAGAGGCCAACGCAGGUCGGAGAUAGAUGUAAUUUGUGUAUGUUUGAAAUUGUGAAAAAAGAAAUAAUUAUAGGUCUUAGUCUAGGAUUUAACUGUGCUCUAACAUUCUCAUGCACAUCUGCCUCAGAUUGAUGUUUGAUACAUGGUAGAUUGUAGGAUGGCUCAGAAAAAUUGGCGGGCACUUGAAGAAAGUUCAGUUUCACUGUGAUUUGUAGUUUGUAAUUUCCUUUUUCUGUCUUUUGAACAUUUAUCUGUCAAUUCUUGUAUUAAUUAAUGCAAUUUCUGAUGUACAUUUUUCAUAUCUUGUUCAACAUUUCAACUUGUAUGAAUGUUAUAUUUACAUCUGGUGUUGUAAACCAGACUAGGCAA